AAACGGGCUAGGAAGAAAAAAAAAGGAGUCAUUAGUGAAACAUUUACUCACACGAAUGAGCUACAGUAAUUUAGCUAUACAUUAUGUUGCGAACCAAAGUGUCAUUUAUCCAUCAUGAGGGCAUGUCAGGUCAGUAAAUGUCAAGAUAUCUUGUCGUUCAAACUCUCACAGUAUAAUAAUAGUGGAUUUUAUAAGUAUUCUUAAUUAAUAUUGCACUUUUUUUUAGAAAACAAAACAAAACAAAACAAAAGCCCAGAUCUCUUCCUGUCCCGUGUUUUAGUUUUGGGAAUUGUGAAAACUGCUGUAUUGUGUGGAAUCGAUUCCAGGAGUCGACUCGUUUGAUUCGCGACAGCUGAGUGAGAGUCGGAGUCGACUCUGUUCGCUGGAGCGGCGCCGCGUCAGUGGACGGUUAUGUGUGUAGAAUGUGUAGCGCGGCUCGAACAGAAACAUUCUCCUGAAAAGCCGUUACAUACAGUAUGUGUUAGCUUUAGCCACUCUAGCUAGCUGACGGAGUGCGAGCAGUGAUUCCGGUUAACAGAUUUGUGUCCAUUACUCUGACUAGCCGGGAUAGUUUGCGACGCUAAGCGGUAAGGUGUUUUAUCUCUGCACCUCGUCCAUCGUUCAGCGAGUAAAAACGGGCACAUGUGGUGCGCUGUCGGUGUCGGUGUCGGUGUUGGAUGGUGCCGGAGUUCGCUGAGCCGUUUACCGAUGCUGCGGCGCGAGGGAAAGCAGAGAGGCCGCCGCUGUCGCGUCUUGUUCAGUGACCUGAAGGCUUUGCUGCUCAGGCCACCACCACCACCACCACCGCCACCGGUACCGUCGGCCAUGAACGGAGCGCCGAGCGCCCACGGCGCUUCUCCGGCGGACCGGACGCGGGACGAGGAUGCUGCCGCCGCCGCCGCCGCCGCUGAGUGGGCUGGAGAAGCGGAGCGGAGCGCCACGGAGAGUCCGGACGGCGGCAGCUCGAGCGAGGACUGCACCAAAGAGAAGCUCGACGAGAGAGCGAGUCUGGAGAGCUGCACGGAGAGCGGAGCGCGCACACCUCUGUGCCGGAUCUGCUUUCAGGGCGCAGAUCAGGGUGAGCUGUUGAGUCCGUGCCGCUGUAGUGGCUCGGUGCGCUGCACUCAUGAGCCGUGCCUGAUAAAGUGGAUCAGUGAAAGAGGCUCGUGGAGCUGUGAGCUGUGCUACUACAAGUACCAAGUCAUCGCCAUCAGCACCAAGAAUCCGCUACAGUGGCAAGCGAUCUCUCUGACGGUGAUCGAGAAGGUGCAGAUUGCAGCGGCGGUGCUCGGUUCGCUCUUCCUCAUCGCCAGCAUCUCAUGGCUUGUGUGGUCUUCGCUUAGUCCCUCGGCCAAGUGGCAGCGCCAGGACCUGCUCUUCCAGAUCUGCUAUGCCAUGUACGGCUUCAUGGACCUGGUGUGCAUUGCUCUGAUAGUGCACGAGGGGCCGUCCGUGUUUCGUAUCUUCCACCGCUGGCAGGCUGUGAAUCAGCAGUGGAAGGUGCUCAACUACGACAAGCUGAAGGACUCGGAGGACCCUCAGAAGGGCAGCAGCACCCUACGCUCCCUCACACUCCCCCUGAGCAAUCGGGCAGGGGUGGCCCCACCCACUUCCCCUUCUCCCUCUAGCUCCGCCCUCACGACAGCUGCCACAGUGACCAUCACCCCAGGCACAACUGUGCCAGCGGUCACUGCAGCUCCAGAGGACACCUCCGAGGCGGAGCGUCACUGUGCGUACAGCCUCCUGCAGCUGCUCAGCCUCAAUCUCCGAAACCAGGAGCCCAGAAAUGCCACAACGCAGCCCAGAAACGACAACCGCGAGCUGGUCAUGAGAGUCACCACCGUCUGAGACGGCGAGUGAAGCCAAACUGGAGAUAUAUGACAACUCGGGAAGGGAAGAAUGACAGUUGGACCCAGCAGCAGAGACAUUUGCUAGCAAAUGAGCUCAAGGUCCUUCUGGUACACUUUGGCAUUUAUGGAAGUAAUACAUUUUUGAAAGUAAGACAGAGAGGUUUGUUUGAGGAUUUUAGUUGUCGAGCACACCUUCAAGGCUGUGUGAGGCAGUGUUGAAAGCUAAAGGUCAAGUUCAGAGCAAAGUGUUUUUUUAAGCGAGUGGCUCAUUAGGGCUGAUGUUAGUACAUGGCCACACAAAGUGGUGAGUAUUUUCAAGCACAAGAUCCAACAAUGCAAUGCAGCUCUAAUAUGUCACACUAACACACACACACACACACACACACAAAACAUUACACAAGGUCAAAGUUUGCUAUGAGACACCACCAGGUAAUUACACACACACACACACAAAGCCUAAAAUGAAAAGAAUUUUGUGGGGAAAAAGAUGUACAGUUUUCCACUAAUCCCAAAUGUAGUCGAUCAGCCAGGACAUGUUUGGUGUCCAAGUAGUUUUGCACUAACACUACAAGGCUAAUUUAGCUAACAAGUAAUGGAAGUCUAUGUCAUCCAAAAUCUUUUCUGGAGAUAUCUGCCCCAGACCACAUCCAGUUUUUCAGUGAUGUCAUCCAGAUUCACUGAUGUGGUUUAGGACACAGUGGGAUUUAACAUGAACAAAACUUCAAAACUCUAAUAUUAUGGGCAGCCAUCUUGGAUAUUUUUUUCCCCUUAGCACCGUUUGAUAUCAUUCUGCCUCCUAGGCCCCGCCUCCCAAAGUUGGACUGCAUAAUUGCAACAGAAUGCUGGGUCUAUUCAAGCAAUAAUACAGUUCCACUUUGAACUUACGCUGGGAAAUACAGCUUCUUCAUUUUAUUUAAAAAUGAGAAUACAUCGAUUUGUGCUUGAAUUUACGGAAAGGUUUCUGAGUAAGAUGGACUAAUUAUUUGAUAACUACAUUAGUCUUUUAGCUCCUGUGUAAAAGUAAAGAAGCAAACGGCGUCAGUCCCGGCUCAGUGACUCUAUUUAGGGUGAGUGGAAAAUGGCAGGGGUGGGGGGGAAAGGUUUUCUGCCCAACUACACCUUUAAGUUUACAUUUUAAACACAACUGGCUGUUUAGAGAAGGGUCAGUAACGCUGUUAAUGGACUCUCAAUUCAAUAAGAGCCCGGUUUCCACGGGGACGACCCGCAGCCACACUGAAACUACCCAACUAACGUGGCCUGAGUCAAGCGCUCCUGUUUGACGGACUCAUUUUGUUUACAUUUGUUAAAAUGUCAGAAAAGAAAAUACAU